UCCCCUCCCCGGAUACUUCUCAUAUUUGUGACUCCAAGCCGGCUCCACCCCAGACUUUUGACAGGAGUUGCGCAUCCCUCUUCUGGCUCCAGAGCGCUUCGGGGGCGAAGCGAGCCGGAUCGGAGCUGAGCCGCCGAGUGCCAGACGCCAUGCCUGUAUCGGAUCCGCGAGGAGAUGCAGGACGGUGGGCCAACGUCAGCUACCGGGUACGCCAGCCGAAUGCUGCCGAACCGGCACCCAGGAGGAAGAAACAAAGCUGGUUUCACAAAUUCUGUCGAUGCUGCGCGGGCCAGCGGGAUGACAGCGACUGGACACCGGCGCCCGGCGAAGUCCCGGGAGCCCGGCGCCCGGAUCCCGUCAUCCGGGAGGGUAUGCUGGUCGUCAAAAAGAUUGAUUUAAUGAGUAGCCGCACGGGGGCCAACCGUCGCGCCCACCACACCGACGAGUACGAGUACGAGAAACUGAUCAUCCGCCGCGGGCAGCCCUUCGAGAUGAAGCUUCACUUCCAGCAACCUUACGAUUACGACGACCACCGGGUCUGCCUCGAGUUCCUGAUCGGCCCCAACCCACAACCCUCGAAGGGCACCCACAUUCUGGUACCCGUCGGCGGUUCCAUGCCCGGCAUGAGCUGGACGGCGGAAAUGACCAGCUCAGACGACGACACCAUGUCUAUCCGGGUCUGCCCCUCGCCCAGAGCAGUGAUCGGCAAGUACCAGUUCAGCGUGAAGACCCGAAGCAAGGCGGGCGAAUACGCCGCUCCCUUCGACCCCAACAAUGAGGUCUACAUCCUCUUCAACCCCUGGUGCUCAGAGGAUUCGGUUCACAUGCAACAGAGCGACUGCCUAAAGGAAUACGUGCUGAACGAAACGGGACGAAUUUAUUACGGGACGGAAAGUCAGAUCGGGGAGCGAACCUGGAACUACGCGCAGUUUGACCACGGGAUCCUGGAUGCUUGUUUGUUCAUGCUGGAUAAGCGGGGGAUGCCUCACGCGAGCCGGGCUGAUCCGAUCAUGGUUUGCCGCGUUGUCUCGGCCAUGGUGAACUCUCUAGACGACAAUGGUGUUCUGGUCGGAUGCUGGACAGGGGAUUACUCCCGCGGCACCAACCCUUCGGCCUGGGUGGGCAGCCGAGACAUUUUGCUGAAGUAUCACCGUACCGGUUACCCCGUCCUCUAUGGGCAGUGCUGGGUGUUUGCGGGCGUCGUGACCACAGUUCUGCGGAGCCUGGGCAUUGCCACGCGGACUGUCACCAAUUACAACUCGGCGCACGACACAGACGUCAGCCUCACUAUGGACAUCUACUUUGAUGAGAAUAUGAAGCCCCUGGAGCACCUCAACGCCGACUCUGUGUGGAAUUUCCAUGUCUGGAACGACUGCUGGAUGACGAGACCGGAUCUGCCUUCGGGGUUCGACGGGUGGCAAGUGGUGGACGCAACCCCUCAGGAAUCCAGCAGUGGGAUCUUCUGCUGUGGGCCCUGCUCCGUGGAGGCUAUCAAAAACGGCCUGGUCUACAUGAAGUACGACGCUUCCUUCUGCUUUGCCGAGGUGAACAGCGACAAAGUGUAUUGGCAACGCCAAGGGGACGGCAGCUUCAAGAUCGUCUACGUAGAAGAAAAAGCCAUCGGCCAUCUCAUCAGCACCAAAGCCGUAGGGUCCCAUCAGCGCGAAGACAUCACCAGCCUUUACAAGCACCCCGAAGGAUCGGAAGCGGAGCGCAAAGCGGUAGAAACUGCUGCCAAGCACGGCACCAAGGCCCACAUCUACACCAACAAGGAGUGGGGAGAAGACAUCUCGGUGACGGUCGACACCCAAGAGGCCUACACCGGACAAGACAUUUCCUUGAGGGUCAUCCUGAAGAACCGGAGUUCCAUGCCUCGCAGUGUCUCUCUCAACCUCUUUGUGGCCGUCAUGUAUUACACGGGAGUCACCGGCAGCAAUUUUAAACAGGAGCAGCGCCAGGUCCAGGUUCCUGCAGGAGGAGCUCAACAGGUUCCGAUGGUCAUCUCCUAUCCCGAGUACAAGCCCCAUCUGGUGGACCAAGGAGCCAUGAAGCUCAGCGUCUCUGGGAAAGUAACCGAAACCGGACAGGUCAUCGCAAAGGAACAUACUUUCCGUCUUCGCACCCCAGACCUGACCCUGACGCUACUGGGUCCGGCCGUCGUUGGACAAGUGACUCAAGUCCAGAUCGUCUUCAAGAACCCCCUUCCUGUGACUUUGACCAACGCCACUUUCCACAUGGAAGGAUCCGGACUCUCGACUCCCAACACAAUGACCGUCGGGGAUAUCGGUCCGCAUCAAACCGUGCGACUCUGUCAGAACUUCACUCCGCUGCGUGCCGGACGACGCCAGUUGGUUGCCAGCCUUGACAGCCCACAGCUCUCCCAGGUCCACGGCGUGUUGACCAUCGACGUGGCCCAGAAUCCUCCGCCGGGACCGUCGGCGUCUCCAGCACCUGCCCGGGUUCGCGGCUCCCCCGGCCGUACCCGAGGUUCCCCUGCGGCCACUCGGGCCUCCCCGGGAAGGCAACCCGCCAACCACAGCACCCCAGCCAACGCCAACACAAACGCCAACACAAAUGCACGGGGUACCCCCAGCCGCCAGCCCAAUCCUGGAGGAGCCCCCAAUGCUCGCGGGGCGGCUGCCGCCUCCAGGCCAGGGGCCACGGGGCAGCCUGUUUGAGCCAGCUCUUAGCUAUGGUGCCGAGUGUGAUGUGACAGCACAGCAGAACUGCAUGGCGAAGAGAAGAGGGGAGGACCCUUGCCCGAGCCACGGAAGCACAGUGGGGUGUGCCGAACCCCCAAGGCCGGUGAACAAAAUGUAUCUCCUGGGAGUGAACUUCAAGGAACUUCUUCACUUCUUCAUCCACCAAUUUCGCUUUUCGUUUUCAUUCCGCGCCACUAUUUUUUCCUGCAAAUAUUGUUUUUCCACAUAUAAUCACCUGAUCAAGUCGCAGUUUCUAUGGUCGAGACCACGGUCAGGAGCAAUCAAAGCACCGUCCUUCUCUCACAGCAUUCACCCGAGAUGUGGGUCGAGGACUCGGCUGCCUCCUCCAACUCUGGGACCCCCACUCCCAGUGGUGCCACCCACUCACCCUGUGCACAGACUCCCUCACCCUGUACGUUAAUUACUUGACGUGUAUUUUUCACCGUGAAAUUUAUUCCCUUCUCUAAACGCACGCCGAUCUUCACUUGCGCACGCUUGCUUCCACUAACGGUGCAAAAUCCUCUGGAGAAGUUUGGGAGAACUUCCGACAGAGAAGUGAUAAGUUGGGGUUUGUUGUUGUUGUUGUUUUUUCAAAUUAUUAUUCCCUAAAAUGCACGGUGGGACUUCUCCCUUGAGCCAAAGGAAUUUUCUAGGAAUUUUUUCCCCCCAUCUCUCUGUUUGGACAGAUUCAAGGGGGGGGGAGGGGAGGUUGGGGGGGAGGGAUUUUAUUAGCUUUCCUUUUUUUCAGGAAGUGUAUUUAAGGGAGAAGUCGAAAUCCGUUUGCUAAGGAGGGUUAAGGCAAAAUAAGUUGGCUAGCCGGGCUUCUGCCGUUCAUGCAAGUUAAAAUAUAGGCAAAUUAAAAGUGUCAAGAGAUCAUGUAAUCCUAAAGCGGUUUUUAAUUACUACCCUGAUCUUUAAUCUUCGUUACGUUUCUCUCGUACUGCAUUUAACCUUUAUGGACAACGAAUGAAGCAACGACAAAAAGAAAAAAGAAAAACUGUAUUUUUGUGUGUGUGUUCAUACUAAUAUAGGUAUUUAUUUGAAAAUAAAUGAUUUUUAACUCCUA